GACCUUUCCGUUCACACGUGGUUUUACGCAGAAAAGAGAAGAAGCACAGAAGCUUGUUUUCUCUCCGCCUCUGAAAAGCUGCUAUUGGUUUAGUCUCAGCUCCCGAUCGCGUAGUUUCCUGUCUUUUGUUCAGGUGUGUCGUAGAAGUCGCGAUCUGAAGCUGCCAGAGGCGUUUUAACGAUCUCCUGAUAGCACUCGAACCCUUUACAGAGCCAGUUAUUCAUCCACAGACAGUGAGAGGGGCAGACACUGAAAGGAAGAUAAGAGUCGGGCUGCUGGCACUGAUCAGGACUCUCAGAGGAAGCAGGAGGAUAUAAGGUGCUUUCGUGUAGUCAAACGUGAAGAUGACGUCAGUGAAAAUGCUGGAGACGGUGAAAGACAGAGUGCUGGAGGUCUACGAAAACCUCUUAGCAGGAAGAGACCCUCGGUUGAAGGAUUACCUUCUAAUGGAGAGUCCAGUCAAUAUGUCUGCUAUUCUACUUGCUUAUCUUUUCUUCGUACUGUACGCUGGCCCUAAGUUCAUGGCCAACCGCAAACCCUUCCAGCUGAAAGAAGCCAUGAUCAUCUACAACCUGUCCUUGGUUGGCCUGUCUGUAUAUAUCGUAUAUGAGUUCUUGAUGUCGGGAUGGGCGACGGGAUACACGUGGAGAUGUGACCCAUGUGAUUAUUCAAACAGCCCUCAAGGACUCAGAAUGACAAGAGUUGCCUGGUUAUUCCUGUUUUCAAAGUUCAUUGAGCUUAUGGAUACGGUGUUCUUCGUGCUGCGAAAGAAACACAGUCAGAUCACCUUCCUGCACAUCUUCCACCACUCCUUCAUGCCCUGGACGUGGUGGUGGGGCGUGAGCUACGCACCAGGUGGAAUGGGCUCCUUCCAUGCCAUGAUCAACUCUUGUGUCCAUGUGAUCAUGUACUUCUACUACAGCCUUUCUGCUGCAGGACCUCGCUUCCAGAAGUUCCUCUGGUGGAAGAAAUAUAUGACUGCGAUUCAGCUAAUUCAGUUUGUGUUAGUGUCUCUUCACGCAACUCAGUGGUACUUCAUGGAGAGCUGCGACUACCAGGUGCCUCUGUUCGUCCACCUCAUCUGGAUGUAUGGGACCUUCUUCUUCGUGCUGUUCUCUAACUUCUGGUACCAGGCGUAUGUGAAGGGCAAGAGGCUACCGAAGAACACCCAACAGCUCGCCCAGAACGGCACGGCUAACAGAUCCACCACAGUCGCCAAUGGCUCGGCGGUGGUUUCAAACGGCCACGGACUGCACGGAAAUGGCCUGAGCAAUGGGAAGAAACACCACGAGAAUGGAAGCGCUCUCAACGGCAAGAUGAAGAAAGCCUGAGAGCUCAGGAAGAGAAGACCCAAAACGGAUGACCAGGAGAACCUGCAUUAAGCACUGUGGAGUCCAAAGAAUGUUUUGGGACUUUUCGUUUUCAUCUUGUUUUUUUUUUUUUUUUAAAUAUGUACAUUGAAUAAGCACAUGGGGAUAUGAAUGCAUUUGACCCCAUUUGUAUUUUUUUUUUUUUGUCAAAUUAAUCUUAAGAAUAAUUAUUGAGCACAAUGUAUGAAGAGAAGAGGAAGAGUACUGACUGGAUCCAUCCUCCGCUGAUGUUGCUCAUGACGUUCAUCUCAACAGAAUGAAUACACAAAUGGGCACACACACACACACACACACACACACACCUGUGUUUCACACUUUCCCAAUAGCAGACUGUACAGUCAACAUCACUAAACUUGAAUGACACCUGUAAAUAGUUUGACCUUAUAAACUAAUGCGAUUGAUAUGGUAAAAAAAAUGUUGCUCUUGAAAUAAAUACAAAAUAUAAAUUCAA